AGCUUAAACUAAGGAAAAUAAGAACAGAUGAUCCGCAAUAAGAAAGCUACGUCAUAGUCAAUAAGCAAGGCAAAAUCGGAACAUAAAGAAUGAGUGAGCUAACACCAGAUGAAAUUCGCCGAAGACGGCUUGCUCGUCUCCAGCUUCAAGGAGCCUCUGGUAGCAGUACACCAGCUAUCACAAGUGGGGAUAAUUCAGCCACAAAACUACAGCCAGAAAAACAUAAGCAUAUAAGUACACCAUCUCCAAAUGGAGCAACAGGUAUGGAAGUGGAUCCUUCUCAAGAAAGUACACUGGAUAGUCAGAAUGAAAAAUGUCAGCUUGAUGUUGAUUCUGGUAUAGAAACUAUGGAAGUAGAUGACCACCCUGAACCUAAAAGAAAAAGAAACGUAAGUGUGGGGUCUGAGGCAAGUGAGGAUCAAGUAAAAAAGGCCUUAUGUAGAGUAUUUGCAGUUUCAUGGUCAGAGGAGUACAGUAGAACAAAUAAUGUUUUACAUCUCAGGGAAUUGGCUGAUGUAGCUGCAGCUUCUUCAACAAAACCAAGUGAUAUCCGAGACCUUAUUAACCAGAUGGUUAUGGAAUCUGUUCUAGUUUUACAAAGUUCUCAAUCUAACACAGCCAGCGCUGAGAAGUCACCUCCUCAUGUUAAUGACAUUGGUUGCUGGCAAGGAACAAAUUACAUCAGUUGUAGAGAAUUCAGCAGCAAGAUCACUGUUCCAUCAUCACCAGAACUAAACAUCCUCAAAUACUUGAUUGAUUGCUAUGAUAGAGUGGCCAUCGAGGAGAAGAACUCACCAAAAAAAACCAGCAUACCACCCAUGAGUGAUGCCUUGUCUAUUGCAAGAAACCAGUGUGUCUGUUACUCCUCCCUCACUUUACAAGGUGUCUUCACUCAGUCCAGGUCAGCAACAGGAUACUCUCCCCUCAUUCCAUUUCUCCUAUCACAUAACUUAGCUCGAGGUUUUUUGUCAGAACUUGUGCACACAUUUCACCAAGAUACUGCAACUUUACACAAAAUUUUCAGCCCAAUUCUCCAAUACCUGUCCCGCUAUAUUGCUACACUUGGACUAAAUACAGACAAAUACCGUGAUCCACUAGCAGUGAUGGUCGAGCUAACCAGCAUAAAGACAGCCAAUUGCCGUCCCAUUUGUAAUUUGAUUAUAGAACAACCUAACUGGCUGACAGAGCCAGUCAGCCAAGCUGCUGGCAUGGAAGUUGAAAAGUUAACUCUACUUGGACCUUUUCUUGGGCUUUCUGUAUUUGCUGAAGAUGAUGUGAAAGUAGUUGAAGAAUUUUUCGCCAAUCAUCACAUGUCACAGGACAAUGCCUGGGCAAUAUACAAAUCUUUAAUGGGCAGUCUGGAGGAUGUUAGGAGUAAUUGUUUUCAAAUAAUCCACAACAUGCUGCUCAAUUCUCCCACAAGGGAAGCCACUCUUAAUUUAAUUUCCAAAGUCUUGGAUAGAAAUGCCAAACGCUCCCAAAUUCAGUUUGAUGAAAGAUUUUUAAGUGGUGAUGGCUUUAUGCUGAACCUGAUGUCCGUCCUACAAAAACUCUCAGAAAAAAUUGACUUAGACAAGAUUGAUAUUUAUUAUCCAUUCCAUUGUACAAAACGUCUCAGUCUUCAAAACAAAUCACGCAUGCGCUUCACAGAAAAGGAGGUGGAAGAGUGGAGUCAGCAAAAUUUGCAGUCAUUGAAAGAUCAGCAAGAACCCAAGUUUGCCACAGAAUGCUUCUUUUUAACCCUCCACUGCCACCACCUAGCCAUUCUACCAGUCACGCGCAAGUACCAGCGCCGCCUGCGAGCUAUCCGCGACCUGCACCGCCUGAUCUCUGACAUGGAGGCAGCUGAACCCCAGUGGAAAAACCUGCCCACUGCCGGACGCAGCAGAGAGCAGCUGAAACGUUGGAAAUCCCAGUACCAGAGACUCCAGAAGAGCAAAAUGUGUGCAGAUGCUGGAGUGUUGGACAAAGAUAUGCUGUUGAGGUGUUUGUCUUUCUAUACCCGUACAGCUGAUCUCUUGAUGAGAAUAGCCGACCCUGAAAAUAGAUGCCAAGAAGUGCCACUUCCUGAAAAUGUCCCAGGCUAUUUCUCAGCUCUACCAGAGUUUUAUCUGGAAGAUAUGGCUGACUUCAUUCUUUUUGCAUUGCAAUAUAUCCCAGGGGGCCUAGUGGAGGCUGAGCACAAGCAGAUGAGCCGCCUUGUCCUGGUGAUGUUGUGCUCCCAGAACUACCUCCGCAACCCUUACCUCACUGCCAAGCUGGUGGAGGUGCUUUUUGUGCUGCAGCCCAGCAUCCAGCCCAAAACUGAAUCUCUCAACACUGAACUUCUCAUGUCUGAGGUGGCCAUAAACAACCUUGUUCCCUCACUCAUGAAAUUCUAUACUGAUGUGGAAACUACUGGUGCCAGUAGUGAAUUCUAUGACAAGUUUACUAUCAGAUACCAUAUUAGUAUUAUCUUCAAAACUAUGUGGACAAUGACAUCACAUCAGUUUAAGUUUAUGGAAGAAGCAAGGUCUGGAAAACAGUUCAUAAAAUUUGUCAACAUGCUGAUGAACGACACAACCUUUCUGUUAGAUGAAAGUUUGGAUUGUUUGAAGCGAAUCCAUGAAAUUCAAGAUCUGAUGGACAGUGAAGCCAAGUGGAAUGCUCUGAACAAGGAGCAACAGCAGUCUAAAACCAGGCAGCUCUCUUCAGAUGAGCGCCAGUGUAGAAACUACCUGACCUUAGCAACAGAGACUGUGGAGAUGUUUCAUUACCUGUCCACUAAAAUUGUUGAACCGUUUUUAGUGCCUGAGCUUGCUGAUCGCCUGACAGCCAUGCUCAACUUCAACCUCCAGCAGCUGUGUGGACCCAAGUGUAAGAACCUGAAGGUCAAGACCCCAGAGAAGUAUGGGUGGGAGCCCAAGAAACUGCUCAACAUCCUCACUGACAUUUACCUGCAUUUAGACUGUCAGGAGUUUGCUAAAGCAAUAGCUAAUGAUGAGAGGUCCUAUCGCAAAGAGCUAUUCGAUAAUGCCAUUGACUGCAUGAUGAAGGCCUGCAUCAAAACCCAGGAAGAAAUCAACUCAUUUUCAGAACUUCAGAAAAGAGUUGAGGCAUUCCUUGUACAAAAGCACAAGUCAGAAAUGGAUUAUGGAGAUAUUCCUGAUGAGUUCAAAGACCCCCUUAUGGACACACUGAUGGAGAAUCCUGUGAUUUUACCCAGUGGGACAGUGAUGGACAGGGCUAUUAUCAUAAGACAUUUGCUGAACUCUCAAACAGACCCUUUCAACAGGCAGCCACUGAAGGAAGAAGAGCUUAUACCUGCCAUCGAGAUGAAGCAGAAAAUUGAAAAUUGGCUUGCUGAAAAAAGGAAAUCUGCUUAAAUAGAAUCGUCAUCCAUAGAAUGCAAGUCUGAUCAAUUGGCUGCUAUUGUCCAUACCGGGUCAACGAAUGUAUUUUAAGAAAUAUAUUCAUUUCAUCAAGUGCCCUCCCCUCAGUUGAUAAUAAAUAAUUUCUGCAUUUGUAGGGAAAAACUGUCUGUUAUAACUUAUUGUUGUGCUUACUUUAUCUUCAUGCAUUAAUGUUAGUUGACUUAACUAAGUCUUUUUCAGCAAAACUGUAAUUAUAUUUAACUUAUUGAGAUCAAACUCAGGUUCCCAUGAUAAAAUUUAUAAUGGCCAGUGAUUUAUUCUCAAAUCGUGCUAAGAAAUUUUAAAAUAAAGAAACCUUUUGAAAACCUGUUUUUGUUUAAUAUUCUUUGGUAUCAGCACAACUGAAAUUAAGACCUUAGUGUUUCAUUUCAGAAAUAAUUUAAUGUGGAAAGAAUAAAGCAUUGGAUUUUAUUAGAUCAAAGUAGAAACUCAGUAACUAAGUCCUGUUCUCCCAUUAAGUUCUGUGUUUAACUAAAAAUUUGAGUUUGUUUUUGUUUGUUUAUUUAUUACAUGUGGUGAACAUAUAACAGCUGUACAAGUUUCCCAUAUUUCUGUCCUGCAAAGUUUGUUUCCUUAAACUUAAAAAUUUUAAAUUUCAAAUUGCUUGAUCCUAACAAGAAUGCUUCUAAUUUUUAUUUGAUGAAGGCUUUUUGGAUAAUUCUAUCCCCAACAUACCAAGUUGAAUAUGAUUUAAUAUCACAACAUCUAAGUAUUAUUUAUUCCAGUCUCCUACAUAUGCUGUGUUGCAUUUUAUUUUAAAUAUAAUAUUUAACCGUUACUCAAAAAAAAAGGCUUAGAAAUAUUAAGUAACAACAAUUCUAUUUUCUUAAUUUAAAUUUGGUAUAUGUUUGUGUCCCUGUGUAAUCUGGUAUUAUAAUGUAUCUCAUUAAUUACAUUUAAACCCUUGAGGGUUUUACAUUGAGCCAUUUGAAUUGAUUGAAUGUUUGCCUCUCCAUGUGUUUUAGUGUCACUUAGUAUAAAUGUUGUGACAGAAAGCCAUUGGUAUACCCCAGCUGAAACAUGUUAGUGUACUCUGCAUUGCUUUAUGUUUUGUUUUUAUAUUGUAUUUGGAGUUUGUUUUUUUUACUUGUGUUUGAAUCAUCAUUCUGCUGGUCAAGUUUGACUUACCCCUGCAUUCUGUUGGGCAACAUGGAAUGUUGGCCUUUGCAUUAACAUGCUAUUCAUUCUUAAAUUUUGUUCAAUUGUACAUUUGUUUGAUAUAAUGUUGCGCAUAUAUAGAACUCUUUUUAUGUCAAUAGCAAUUACGUAUGUCCAUAUCAGUAGUUUAGAUUAAAAAAAAAUUGCAUCUGCAUUUAUUUUACUAAAAGUUUUCUUUUUCCCCAGUUCUUAAUUUUAGUCCUCUUCUUUUCAUUUAGAAUAUCUCCCUACACUAUCUCAAUAAUGUCAACAGUUACUUUUUUUAUUAUUUUAAUAAUAGUGUGUGUAAUAAAUAAGGUAAAUGUAUUUAAUUAUGAGGUAAAUAUUACCAGAAGAAAAAGCAAACACUUUUAAAGUAACUAACACACUAUCAAAAGUAAGUGGUAAAAUAAUGGAGUUAAUUCGCUCUUAGGACAAUGGUGGUUGUGAAGCCUUCUUAAACAGCACUCGAUUGUUGCACAAUGAUGACACUUUAACAGCAGAUAUACCUUGUAGGAUGUGAUGUGUUAUGUAUUUCUAAACCCAAAGCUGCCUCCAUUCGUUUUUAAAAUUUUAGAAAAUAGUAGAUUUUUAUGACGUGUGACGCUUAACAAAUAAUUGCUGUUGAUUAUUAGUUUUUUACUAGUGAAUUACAUGCUGUAAUAAGUGAUGUUUUGCACAUUUAUAUUAUUUAUUUUGUUUUUUUUUAUGGUGAGUAAAUAAUAUAUAAGAUUAUCGAAGUCAACACUUGAACUGUUGUGUUAUUGAAACAUGCUAUUAAGAUCAAUAAUUCUAUAUUACUAUAGACUGGUAUUGUAUCCUUUAAUUAAUAACCUGCUGUAGAACUGGUAAACAACAAACCAGUAUGUACGUUUAACCUUCCUGAUUGGUGCAAGCUCAACAUAUUUUAUAAUGGUUACACUCUAUAGAUGAUUUUACCAAUUAGGUAUAGUAACAGUUUUUUUGUUUAAUUUUAAAGUUUUUUAAUAAAACAUUUGAUUACAGAAUAGAUAAUAUUUUUAGAUAAUAUUUAUUUAGAUACCUCUAACAUCAUGUGAUGUUUGUAAAAGUGUUAGCAAUUUUAAUCUCAAAAUUCAACUUUUUAGAUAUAACAACAAUCAUACACAUAACAUAAUUUAACAACUUGAAUACACACAAAAAAACUAGAUGUUAAUAUAGAAACUUCUUUGUGGAUAUGAAUUUUUAUAAUAGAGUGUGUUUAGCCUAUCAAGUGAUUAUGUACUGACAUAAAGGCUAAACUUACUGUGCAAUACACAAUUACUAAUUCUGUGUGCUCUCCAGCAUUGCAUUAGUUUUUAUUUUAUUUUUCUCACUACAUGUUAAUUUGUUAUGGCAUUCUUAUUACAGUUUAUAGGUUUCAUUUUUACCCAUCAAUAUCACGAGAACUGUAAAUAAUGUAUUUUGCUAGUUUUUCAUUGUAUGUCUGUGUGUGUGCAUAUAAAUGUAUUAUACAUAUGUAUGUAUAUAUAUGUAUGUAUAUAUAUAUAUAUAUAUAUAUAUAUAUAUAUAUAUAUAUGAAUUAUAGUUUGCUCUUGAAGAAAGCUAUCAUGAAUUCAUUUAAAAUGGUUUGUUUGGUUUAUUUCUUCACAAAUCAAUGUAUAUUCAACAUCUUUUAAACAUCAUAGCACUACUGACAAUGUAGUUAAUGGUAUUUUGGAGGCUGUUAACUACACUAAAUUAUAAAGUGUUUUGGAAAAGUUCAAUA